UGCUCUCCCUUUCCCCUCAAAACCUACGCUCCCCUCCUCUUAAAAUAAGCAGUUGGGGAAAAUAUUCAAAGCGUACCACCUCUUCCUCCUCCACUCAACAAGCCAGGCUUCAAACUUCUAGAGCGCACUGCGAAAACUUUCCCCUGCAACUGCUGAAAAACCGACUGACACAGGACAGCGCCGAGUGAGAAGAGACAGGGAAAGCAGAACGCGUAGCCCGUUAAUAGUUGCCUGGGGUUUGGGAAUGGCGGAGAGUCGGAAUGACCUAUGUCCUCCUUCCGAAUGGCACAUGUGAGCCGAACCCUGUCUCCUCCGGGUCUAUUUUGUUACAUGUUAGGAGGCGAAAGCCAGUAAACAGCGAGAAAGAGACAGGGGGAAGAUUGAAGUAUCUACAACAGCCUGUCGACACCACUAUCCUCUCAUCUCGAGAUGGUCUGUCCGCCAGGACUUCGAUGGUUCCUACUUACCGCUCUCUUGCACGCUGUCGCACCCCGGGACACCCGCGAGAGACCGAGGCAAUGUGACCCACCGAAGUCGCAAACCGACAUGAACUCUUUCCUCUGGACGGUGGAGCGCCCAGCUCCCUAUCCCCCCUCCUAUCUCUUUGGGACCAUCCAUGUGCCCUAUACCCGUGUGUGGGACUUCAUCCCAGAUGUCUCCAAACGGGCCUUUCAGACCAGCGCCAACGUGUUCUUCGAGCUAGACCUGACUGACCCCCUGACCAUCUCCAAGUUGACCAGCUGCCAGCUGCUGCCCCACGGGGAGAACCUGCAGACCCUGCUGCCCCGGGACCUGUACCGCCGCCUCAAACGCCACCUGGACUACGUCAAGCACAUGAUGCCCUACUGGAUGACGGCAGACCAGCGGGGCCGGGGGCUGUACGCUGACUACCUCUUCAAUGCCAUUGCAGGGAACUGGGAGAGGAAGAGGCCUGUGUGGGUGAUGCUGAUGGUUAACUCUCUGACAGAGUCGGACGUGAGGUCGCGGGGGACUCCCGUACUGGACCUGUUCCUGGCCCAGGAGGCCGACCGCAUGGGGAAGAGGACGGGAGCGGUGGAGCGGGUGGAGGAGCAGUGUCACCCCCUCAAUGGACUUAACUUCUCCCAGGUGCUGUUUGCUCUGAACCAGACCCUGCUGCAGCAUGAGAGUGUGAGAGCAGGCAGUCUGCAGGGCUCCUUCACCACAGAGGACCUCAUCACACACUAUAACUGUGGAGACCUCAGCUCCAUCAUCUUCAACCAUGACACUUCACAGCUCCCUCACUUCAUCAACAGUUCCCUACCGGCCCAUGAGAGGACCACGGCGCUGCAGAUUGACAGCUACUUCCGUCAGGAGCUCAUCUACAAACGCAACGAGCGAAUGGCACGCCGCAUCUCCGCCCUCAUCCAGCGAAACCCCUCCCAGACCUUCUUCUUUGCUUUUGGUGCAGGUCACUUCCUGGGGAACCACAGUGUGUUGGACAUCCUGAGACAGGAGGGCUAUGAGGUGGUGCACACACCAUCACACUACCAGGAACCAAUCCCAGAAGAACCAACAGAAAACCCCAGCGAUGGGGGCUCCGAUGCGGGUACAACUUCUCCCUAUGACUGGGUGACCAGCCCCUCAGACCUGGAUGGUAGCCUGGAUGGUUUGGAGGAGCUGGAGGAUGAGGAGCUACCCCACAUGCUGCUGCCAGACAGCCUGAGCCAGCUAGAGGAGUUUGGGAGACACAAGCGCCCCCGGAAGGCCCACCGCAGCCAUGGCCGCCCACGCCUCUUCAGUGACCUGUGGGUCCGCAUCGGUGACGGCACCACAACUCCUCAGCCUAAUGUGAGGAUAACCAAUGGCUAUGUGACGGUGGAGCCUCUCCUCACCCACCAGGAGCAGAGGAGGAGGACAGGCCUCUACCCUCCAGUGGAACCACCCAGCCAGGCCUCACCCUCAGCGCUGCCCACCCCCAGCUCAGCCGAGUACACCAUCGGCACCACCCACGCCCUCACCUGCCUACUAACGUUACUCACCUCGCACCUGCUGUUCACCUCCUGACCACAUGGUGGAGCUCUCUCCACAGACAACAACUCACACUGUCUCUAUACCUGAGCACUGUUAUGUGCCAACAACCCUAGAAAAUACAAAGAUCUACAUAUAAAGAUUCUGCAAAUGGGAACUGGAGGUGGAAAUAAACUGCUAUGGGCAUGGAACAUAGAACAUAGAACAUGUAGACAUGGAUAUGAGGGUAGAGGACAACAGACAGACACACCAAGGACUUCUGAGACAGAGCUGUCCAUCUUCAGGCUUCUGUGAAGGGAGCAGGAUCAGUCUGUGAAGAGUUAUUUAAACUCACACUGUGUGGAAUAACUUUCAACCAUGACAAAUAGAUAAACGGUCUCUAUCAGAAAACUAAUGGAAGAUACUGUAUAUACGACAUCCAUAUUAUGAAGUUGUCAGUUGUAGAGGCCAAGUCUUAAAAUCACAAGAAAGCAAUAUGAUAAAUAAUAAUAAUAAAUGUUAUUAUUAUGAAUAAUAUUGAUAUUAAUGAUGAGAAUAGACAUACUAAUCACUAUAACAACAGCUAUAACUCUGUAAUAAGGUCUGAUAUCUUAAAGACAUAGGACGUGGAGCACACAUUGGACGUUUUUGUAAAUUGUGCAUUUUGUUCAUAAAGAAAUAUUGUAUAUUUAUUAUUUCUCGAAGAGUAUAUUUUCUUGCAUUUGAUGAUUCCUAGAAAAAUAAACUUUUGGAAAUUCA